CCAUGUGCCUUUUCAGGAUAGAAGACUGUUUUAAUUUUCUGUGUCUUUAAAAUUGUGAGAUGUUGUAGGCGAAAUUAAGCAUCAAGCGUCUCAGGCUCUUUAACAAACUCGGUGUGGAAUGGAGUUUCCAGAAGAUUUCAACCAGCUUGAGCUGCUCGACACCCACGGACACCUGAUCCCCAGAGGGCCCACGAGUUCCUGGACCGCGAGCAAGGACGAAGAGGAAGAGGUGGACGAGGAGACGCACAGCGAGGAGUGGUAUCAGGAAAAGGAGGACGCACUCAAAGAAAACCCAAAGGAGCUCGUUCUCUGGGCAGCAGAGAAUAACCGCCUCACCACCGUCCUCCGUUUGUUAGCUGCUGAUCCUCUGCUGGUGCACUGCUGCGACGAGGACGGCUACACCCCACUGCACCGUGCGGCGUACAGCGGCCAUAUUGAAGUCGUGAAGACUCUUCUGGCCGCCGGCUCCGUGGUAAAUCACCGUACGGUCGACGGCUGGACGCCCCUGCACAGCGCCUGCCGAUGGAGCCACGUUGCCGUGGCAAGUUGUCUCCUGCAACACGGCGCCCAGCUUAACGCCCAGACCAACGGUGGCCUCACACCGCUGCACCUGGCCGCCUCCCACUCCAACUACUCCAAACCGAACACGGCACACAUUUUAGAGUUCCUCCUCUCCAAAAGGAAUCUGAAACCGGCGCUCCGCAGCAGCAGCGGGGAAACGGCCGGCGACGUAGCCCGACGUAGCGGCCCGUAUUACUUUUUGUUUGAGAUGGUAGAGGACUGCGUUAACGCGGUCCCGUCUGUUACAGCAUCUUAAUUUGACUUGUUUUUAUGGAUUACUAUAACUAGCUUUUAUGUUUCUUUGAGAUAAAGAAUCUCCGCAGCAUGAUGCGUUACCUGGGAAUGGUAUGUUUAGGGUGAGGUUCAGUGUUUUCUGCCUCAGCUGAUACUCUUCAUGUGGCACAAAAGUGAAAUUUUGUCAAAUUUUCAACACUUUUACUGAAUGUCUACAGGACUAAACUUUAGACUUCUUUGUUAUUUCUUUUGCCAAUGGAGUUUUCUUUUCCCACUCUUUCUAUAAAGAGCGGUUGGUGGAGAGCACAACAGAGCUGUACCUUUGCCAUCUAUAGUAAGCACUACUUUUGUUAGUGUCAAGUAAAAUCUGAAAAAGUUCAGUUUAGUUUGGAAUACAAACUGUGAAAAGACCAAGGGGCAUGAACCCUUCUGUAAGGCACUGAAAGAUAUCCGAUUCAGUCAAAGUUGGGUCAGUCUGUGAAUGAACUACUUGCUUUCUUGCAGCUGUAUGAUGGGUUAAUUAUGGUUAAAUGAAGCUGCAAAUAAAGACUUGAAAUUGAA